GGGAGAAAUUGCUGAUAAAAUACCGUCUUUCUUCAUUUCUUUUAACCGCUCAAAGCACCCAUACCGUACAAAUCCAAGCUCGUUAUAAGCCUGAAUGAUAGAUCCAGCUCGUUCUCUUAAUACAUCCAUUAUAUAGGCUACAUCCAUAUAUGACGCUAGUCUGGCUUGACCUGUUUCCGCAAACAACUGCUCACAUGACCAGUUUCCAGUGCAACGGGCACUCGUCCGCCCAUAAGCUCGCGGCUCCUUCCUUCACUGGCUGUUUGUGGAGCAUUUAGACCUGAAAAGUGAACUUAUUUGCUCACCUAAAAAGGAUGCCUUUCUUCGGAAAGUCUGGAAAAUCUCGGAUGUGUCUGUGAACCAGCUGGAGUUUUGAUUCUCGGUCUGCUGCCAUUCUGGCUGUAACUUUUACUCCACCAGCGUGCCGUGCACACCGUGGAUGUAGCUAGUAGAAGAACGGUGCCACAGCACGAGGCAAUUAUACCGCCUACGUCAGGGCUGAAGUGCGCAUGUCCUUGUUGCUGGGCGGAGUUAAGGCGGGGAGUUAACCGUUUAUAUACUGUCUAUGGAGUUAAUUCCCCAUGGAGCCAGCCUCAAGUGGCCAUUCGAGGAACUGCACUUUUGGCACAGGAGGGUGCCACUUGGUUUUAACAACUAUUAUAUCAGCCUUUUCCCCUCUUUAAAUAAAAGUAGGAUAUUUCUGACAUUCUACGCGUUUAUGAAAUGUACGAAUAUAGUCUUUAUAACAAAAUCAGAAAUAGCAGUAGGCUAGGCUAUACUUUACAGUUACACUGCAACAAUUUAACAAGACUAGCCUAUUUUAGGCUAUACUAUCCUAUUUUAAUUGGUAUUUUUCUCGGGUGUAGGCUAUAGGCCUACUUUAAAUAGCCUAGUGGAGAAAUAGGCCCUACCUGCUGUUAAGAAAAACGUUUAAACUGUCAUGCACUAGGCUAUGAAGGGAAGAGAAAAAAAGAGAUAUGGUGACAAAGAAAGCUGCUCUCACUUUCACUUCCUCGUCAGGUUGUUUGACGGGUAUCGGCCUAGGCUAUAGCCUACUACUUCCUCCUUCUAGCUGGUAGUUUGUGUGUGUGUGAGACAGUCAUGAAGGACGGUAGCAGAACAGAAGAACAGGCGAAGGUUUCCCGCCAGGAGCUCUAUGAGGAUUAUGUGAACUAUCUCCAGCUGUGUCCAGAGGUUCGGCCGUGCCGCGACGCCUGUCUGCUGAAGAAGGCGGCUCAGUAUCUUCUGACGGAACCAGAACCCAGAGGGUCUUUCACAGUGUUCCCUUUCUACCAGGCUGUACGGCAUGAUUGUAAAUCUCUGACCACAGACUGCAGAGAACAUCUGUCUGCUUUUAUCAAAGCCACCGAACUGCUGGAAACUCUCUGCGUCAAUCUAUUCCUUCAACCUUGGAAGAAGGAAAUCAAGACACUUAAGACUUUUACAGGUCCAUUUGUUUACUGUCUCCUGCCAGUUCUCAGCAGUUCUACCAUUCAGUCGGUCCUGGCAUCUAUUGGCUACCUGCCCCAUACGGACACUCCACAAAGUGAAUACAGACUCAGUAAGGAUGCUAACCCAGACAGAGCCAUGCUGCUGGGCUUUGAGCUGCUGCUCGCCAGGGUGGAAUGUUACCAUCUCCUGGAGCUCGUGGAGAAGGAUCAGGUGGAAUCACAGGAGUGGCUGGAGGUCCUCCAGAGGAGAGUGGGGCCUACAAAACUGGAGGAACCCACAGACAAGAAGACAACGAUAGGCCAAAAGGAAGAGGAGGAGAAGAAGAAGGAAGAUAGAAAAGAGAUACGUCAGGAUUCGGACACCAGAUUUGCAGUGAAACCACAGCCCAAGCCACGACACUGCCAUCUCAUCAGCGUAGACCAGUCUAUUAUGGAGAUGCAGAUGACCUACCCUGACCUGGUCUUCAGGGGCCGCCCUGUGCAACUAGAUGAACCUCAACGAGCAAACAGUUGCAAGAGCAGCAGUAAAGAUGCUCACACUCGUACAUACUCAUCCAGCACUAAUAAUUACAGUGAUGACAGUAAAGCUACUGAGCUCCCCGAAAGAGAUUGUAUUCAAGUCACCAAAGCUGCUGCUAAAACUAUCUGCUGUAAAAAUUAUGGCAGCAAAGCUGAUGAAGUGUUUGGUGGCGACGGCAGAGGCCGUAGUUGUAAUGACAGGAACAGUGGUGUGACCACCAGCCUAGGAGACACCAUUAGCAGCAGCAGCAUAAGUAAAACUGAUGGAAGCAGAGUUGAUUGUGAGCUCAGUGGUCCACAGGAAAUUUCCCUGCAUAUCCCACCGAGUGCUGGAUCCAAAGCAGAGCAGAGCCUUAAGCCUGAGCAGCCUCAGCCCACAGCAGAACCUCCUGCCUGGACACAGCAGCAGACUGUAGCAGAUCUACAAAAUAAGAGACCGGACAGCUCAAAGCUUCCCUCUCUGAGCUCUAUGGACGAGGAGCAGGAUCUGAGAAAGCUGGCAGAGAGGAUGGGCCAGUCCCAUGUGCAGGAGACCAAAGAGGAAGUGAAGAGCAAAGAAGAAAACAAGAGAGAAGAGCAAAACACAAAUAGAGAGAGGAGGAAAAAAGAGAGAAAGGCAAGCACAGAGGGAGAGGCACAGGAGCAGAACCUCAUGAAGCCUGUCAUGGAGACAGGUCCAGCACUGAGCCAUGCUCACUCUGAGAAGCAGUUCACUGUGUGUCACCACUCACCGCUGACCGUCAGCAAAGCAGAUUGCCAGAGUUGUAAAGGAGGAGGCAGCCCAGGGCAGCGGGAAGGAGAAGAUACUGUGGGAGCAGAAACAGGCAGAGGAGAGGAGGAGCAGCUGGCACAGAGCUAUGUCAUAGUCGAGAAUAACAAAAAAUAACAUGCUCUCAUACAUGUAUGGAAAUGAUUAAUAAUAAAGCUACUGAGCAAGCCCGAAACCAAUAUAACAUGUAAUCAGUCUGUUAGCCCAAAUUUAACAGUACUCAAGUACAAAUUUCAGGGCAGUGUCACCUCUCGUCCAGUGUCAAGUUUCUGUGUUUAGUUGGUUUCAUGUUUUCUAUUUUUUUUUUUUUUUUGAAGAGAACAGUGAAACACAUAAGAAUGUGUUGUCUUGUUUUACUUCCUGUGUUAUGAUUCUUUGCUCUGCCCUGAUGUCUUUCACCUGUUCCCUCUCCCAUGUUUGCUCGUUAACUCUUGUAUUUAGGUAUCUGUGUUUCCUUUGUCUGUUGUCAGGUCAUUGUAUUGCUUUCUGUGAGAGUUUGUGUAGUCGUCCCCGUUGGUCUCGGUGUUCCUGGUAUUUUUGUGAUUCCUGUCUUUGGGAUUCUGCCUGUCCCUGUUUUUGGGAUUCUGCCUGUUCCUGUUUUUGUAUUUUGCCUGCUAUCUUCAGGACUCUUUUUGUAUGGAUUAUUGUUUAUUAAAUCCUCAAGCUCAACA